AUGCUCACCUACCUCCUCUACCAGUACGCCCCCUCUCUCCCCGCUGCGAUCGCAGCGACCGUCUGCUUCGGCCUCCUUACCAUCAGCCAUGCCAUCCACUACUGCGCCCAGCGCACCUGGUUCUUCACCCCGUUCAUCAUCGGGGGGAUCUUCGAAACAACCGGCUACACCGGCCGCAUUAUCAACAGCACCCAGACCCCAAACUGGACCAUAGCCCCGUAUAUAAUGCAAUCGCUGCUGCUACUAGUCGCUCCCUCCCUCUUCGCCGCCUCUAUCUACAUGAUCCUGGCCCGUAUCAUCCGCCUCACCGACGGGGACACCCGCUCCGUGCUCCCCGCCCACUGGAUCACCCGCGUGUUUGUCGUCGGCGAUGUGCUUGCCUUCCUGGCGCAGGCGGGAGGCGAGUUCUCCCCUUUCCUAUCCACGAUCCGGUUAUUCCUCGCAGACAAGUCUCUGAAUCACAGCGGAGGCCUCCUCGCCAAAUCCAAUUCAUCCAGCACCACCAAAACCGCCAACUGGAUCGUCAUCGCCGGCCUGGCCAUCCAGAUCGUCUUCUUCGCUGCCUUCAUCCUCGUCUCCGCAAUAUUUCACCGGCGCAUGAGGAGCAACCCCACGCGGCACGCGCGGAAGACCCGGGUGCCCUGGAGCGGGUUCCUAUGGGUGCUGUACCUGACCAACGCGCUCAUCAUGGGGAGGUCGGUGUUUCGGGUGGUCGAGUUCGCGAUGGGGCGGAAUGGGGUCCUCCAGCGGCGCGAGGUGUGGUUGUAUGUAUUUGAUGGGGGGGUUAUGGCGUUGAUGAUGCUGCUUUUGCUGGUGUGGCACCCGAGUCGGUUGCGCGUGCGAGGGGGUGGGAGGGGAGAUGUGCAGGGGAAGGGGCGAGAGAAGAAGAGAAGAAAGAAGAGGAAGACGAGGAGGGGAAUGGAGGAGGGAGAUUCGAGGGUAGUGUGGGUGUAA